AGUGGGAGGUGGGUAUUGUGAGGGGUGUUUGUUUCGAGGAGAUGGCCGGGGUGAUGCAUAGAGAUGCAUUACUUCAAAGUCCUCGGAUUAAUGUUGAUCAGUGGAAGGGUCACUCUGGUACUAUUGAUCAAUGCCGGAUGAAGGACGGGUUGCUUCUCACUGGCAGCACAAGGGAUAAGUUCAUGCGUCUGUGGUCAGUGGAAGAAAGCUAUAAGUGUGACUAUGAUUUUCAAGGAGAGUAUCGACUUCCAGUAGACUAUGGCCCUUUGGUUGGUUUUGACUUUGAUGAGAGCAAGAUUGUUGGCUUGGUUGGCUCAGAGAAUAGUCGAAUAUGCAUAUGGAGGCGCAGUGGGAUGACUACGAUAUCGAACCCCUUUAAGUGCAAGGGUACCUUUCCAAAGGGUUUAUGCAUGAGCUACUGUGACCCUGAGGCUGUGGUUGGAUGUGCUGACGGGACUGCUCGAGUGUUUGACAUGUACAGUAGCCAAUGUUCACAUAUUAUUAGAAUGCAUGACCCUGAGGUGCCAGUGACAUGCAUAGGGUUGAGUGAUGAAGGUAGUCGGUUGUCCAUUCUUGCUGCUGGUGGUUCUUCUAUCACAGUUUCCUCUGUACUUACCCCUGAUCAUGAGUUCGCAGCAAAACUGCAUAUGGCAGGUGAAAUAAAGACUUUGAGUUACAACCCUUGCGGCAAUGAUAGGACAGUGUUUGCUGGAUCAAGGAAUGGAUAUGUGUACAGUUGGGACCUGAGGACAUGUGGACUUUUGUGGGAAACGAAAUUGAGUCAGGAUGCUGUGUGUUCAAUGCAGCACAGGAGAAAUGAUGCAACAACUUUGGUUGUGGGUGGAAGGGAUGGUGUGCUUCAUUUACUGGAUCAGAACACAGGGAAUGUGAUUACGAAAUUUAUCUUGGACACCAGCUACUGUGUACUGUCAAGUACUAAACCUGCUUCAAGUUCAAGUGGUGGUUGUCCUCGAAACAUGGUAAUUCAGAGAUUGAGAGGAAGAAGGACUGCACCAGAUGCCAAGAUUGUCAGCAUUCCUGCACCUCCCAUCACCUGCUUGGCAGUGGGGAUGAAGAGAAUUAUCACCACUCACGGUAACGACUACAUCAGAACCUGGAAAUUUAUCUAGUUCUCUGCUGUGCGUUUUGUUAGAUACAGCAAAAUUCGACAUGCAAUAUGUAAAAUAUCGCCUUUGUAUGUACAACGGCCAAAGUUGUCUAUGAACAUCCGUCACCUAACCCUAUUGGUAAAGUGCACGGUAUUGGAGCAGCUGUUGCAGAGUUUCUUGGCGAUGUACGGUAUUUUAAUGAAACUUCAUUGCCUGAAAUAGAACAAGCUGGUUCGACAGUUUUCACUUUGCUUAGCUUUUCAUUUCCGGUAUAAAAACUAAUGAAUC